UAGAAGGUAGCGUUGAACAACCAGUCGGGCAGAACGAGGCUCUCGUUUCAGCACGUUCAGUUUACGGGCAAUUCUGUAACUUCUGUCCGCAACCCAUCUUUGACACCAUGUCAGGUUUGCAAUCCCUGGUGCCAGGCCCGCAGUGUGCUGCGCCCUUCCACGGCGGACCUCAGCUCACCGACGUUUGCUCCGCGAGCAACGGAGAACUGUUACUGACGCUUCUCAACGUAUUUCUGGUAGCAAGCCCGAAAAUCGGCGAACCGUGCCAGCGCGUGAAACCGGUCGAGCACCCGGAUCUCAUCUACGAUUUCAUCGUCGUCGGUGCCGGUGCCGGUGGAGCUGCAGUGGCUGGGAGGUUGAGCGAAGUGGAAAAGUGGAAAGUUUUACUCAUCGAAGCUGGCCCCGAUGAACCGGCAGGUGCCGAGAUACCCGCCAAUCUUCUACUUUACCUAGGCGGUGAACUGGACUGGAACUACGAAACGUCGGACGAGAAGCACGCCUGUCUCUCGCAGGGUGGACGUUGCAAGUGGCCUCGGGGUAAGAAUCUCGGAGGUACGACGCUUCACCAUGGCAUGGCGUAUCAUCGAGGUCAUCCGAAAGAUUACGAUCGAUGGGUGAAACAGGGAGCCGAGGGAUGGAGCUGGGACGACGUGUUACCGUACUACCUCAAAUCGGAGAACAACGAGGAAAUAGGGAGAGUGAGUGAGAAAUAUCACGGCAAAAACGGUCCUUUGAACGUGGAACGGUUCCCGUAUCAGCCUCCCUUCGCUCAGGAUAUCAUGAAUGCGGCAGAGGAAGUCGGUUUCGGCACUACCGAAGAUUUGGUCGGAGACAAGAUCACAGGUUUCGCGGUGGCUCAAACCAUCAGCAAGGGCGGCGUAAGGACCACCGCCGUCAGAUCGUACAUCACGCCGGUCGCGCACCGCAAGAAUCUUCACGUAGCCAUAAACGCCACCGUAACGAAGGUCAAGAUAGUCGGCAAGAAGGCGAGAGGCGUCGAGGUGUUGCUGAACGGAAAGAAAGAACGUUCGAUACUGGCGAAACGCGAGGUGAUUCUGUCAGCGGGAACGAUCAACUCGCCGAAGCUGUUGAUGUUGUCCGGAAUCGGGCCCAAGGAACAUCUCAAGUCCAUGAAAAUUCCCGUGGUGAUGGAUCUACCGGGUGUCGGUGAAAAUCUUCACAACCAUCAGUCGUACGGUCUGACCUUCACGGUGAACGAAACGUACUACUCGAUGUUCAACAAGAGCAGCGCGGAAGAGUACGUCUACAAUCAGACUGGACCGCUCUCUAGCACUGGCCUGGCUCAAGUCACGGGAAUUCUGGCGUCGAAUUACACGGACGAGACCGAUCCGGACAUUCAGAUAUUCUUUGCUGGCUAUCAAGCGAUAUGCGACGGGACAAACGGUGUCGCUGAGGAGAACGGCAAGAUGACUGUUCAGAUGACGUCGGUCAAUGUACGCCCGACGAGCAGAGGUCGAAUCAGAUUGAACAGCAAGGAUCCUCUCGCUCCACCUCAUAUCUGGGGCAACGAUUUGGCAACUGAUCACGAUCGCAGCGUCGUGAUUCAGGGAAUCCGCAUGGUCCAAAAAUUGUCGAAUUCUAAGACGAUGAAGGAAAUAGGUGUGACGUACGUGGACGAGUACGUGGAACAGUGUGCCGGAUUCGAACCGGACAGCGACGAUUUUUGGAACUGCGUCAUACAGUGGAACACGAGACCGGAGAAUCAUCAGACCGGUAGCAACAGAAUGGGUCCGCGUACAGAUCCGACGACCGUUGUUAACAAUCGACUCCAAGUACACGGUAUCAAGGGACUGAGAGUAGCCGAUGCAUCCGUUCAACCUAACGUGGUUUCGGGCAAUCCUGUCGCCUCGGUCAACAUGGUCGGCGAAAGAGCUGCAGACUUUAUCAAGCAAGACUGGGGAAUAAUAGAGUCGUAAUGGAAACGAUGACAAUGACAAACGAAAAUGUACACUGCAGUGUGACUAUUAA